UUCUGCAAAUAACACACUUUGUCCAAAACCCUUCCGGGUCCCUCCCCCGUCUUUUUUGGUGUAUUCCACUUCUACAGUCUUCACUCAUUCGUCGGUGAGAGGAUAUCGGAACCAGCGGAUCAAUAUUACGUCGGCCAAGGAACUUUUUAACAAAUUCUGUUGUAUUACAAGAAACAAAAUCACAAUUAUAACAGCUUAAGCAUGGAAAUUGAUAUUGGGGUUUUUGACGACCUUUGUGUUUCUCAAUCGCAAUACAAAAAGAGAAAAAUUUCUCCGAGUGGCAUGUAUUCCUGUUCAUCAGGUGUGGUUUUGUUUGAGAGUGAAGCUUCCUUACCUACUUUGCGAUUGUCUGAUUAUUAUAUGGAACCUAGCUUGAGUGAAUUGGCCACUCGAGAAGUCAUGUAUCCUGGUUAUUGCAGCCGAGUUCCAGAUUUUACAGUGGGACGAAAUGGUUACGGAUGCGUCAAAUUUGUGGACAAGACUGAUGUUAGAUGUUUGGAUUUAGAUCAAAUUAUCAAGUUUGAUAGGCAUGAGUUAGUUGUAUAUGGAGAUGAAAGUGUCAAGCCCGUGGUGGGCCAGGGCCUUAACAAGGCAGCCGAAGUAACCUUGAUGCUGCAAAUAAGAUCCUCAGUAAAUUAUAGAGGAGAUCAACUGAGGGAAAUGGUGAGGAAACUGAGGCUCAUAACAGAAAAACAGGGAGCACACUUUAUUUCAUUUGACCCAUCAAAUGGUGAAUGGAAAUUCUUAGUUCACCAUUUUAGCAGAUUUGGUUUGAGCGAAGAUGAUGAAGAAGAUAUUGCAAUGGAUGAUGUGGCUCCAGAAGUUCAAAACACUGUGGAGAUGAAUGGCAGUAAUGUUUCCGAGAUUGAUGAAGAAAAUGCCAUAGUGGAUCCAAUUCUGCUUUCUCAUUCUCUUCCUGCUCAUCUUGGGCUUGAUCCUGUCAAGAUGAAUGAAAUGAGAAUGUUGAUGUUUCCUGCAGAUGAAGAGGAGGCUGAGAACUUCAAUGGCAUGCUUUCACAACAGAGACUACCUUAUAGAAAAGAAUCGUCAAGAUCCCCACUGCAACAUAUCUCCCGGAUGACAGUUCAUAGAAUUAGUCCACCAGUGACUCGAAAGACCCCACUAGCUUUGCUUGAGUACAACCCUGGUAAUUUUGGCUCAAGCUCUCCUGGAUCCAUUUUGAUGACCCAACAAAGUAGGGGCUUGCCUUCAAAGAUGAUAAAAGUAGAAGGUUUUAAGCUGGACCUCAAGCAGGAAACACCAGUAACUGGGAGCCAUUCCUGCAACAUAGUUGAUGCAGCGUUAUUCAUGGGUAGGUCCUUCCGUGUAGGGUGGGGUCCUAAUGGUGUCCUUGUUCACACUGGUGCACCUGUUGGUAGCAAUGACUCUCAGAGGGUGUUAUCUUCCGUGAUCACUUUAGAAAAGGUUGCAAUUGACAAAGUGGUCAGAGAUGAAAAUAACAAAGUCAGAGAGGAACUUACAGAAUUUUGUUUUGAUUCCCCUUUAAAUCUUCACAAGGAAAUAAAUCAUGAAACAAAAGAAGUUGGAGUGGGUUCUUUCAAACUAAAGCUGCAAACCCUUGUUUGUGAUCGUGUAAUGCUUUCAGAGAUAUGUCGGAGCUAUAUAAGAAUUGUUGAGAGGCAACUGGAGGUUCCUGGGUUAUCCUCUUCUUCUCGUAUCAUAUUGAUGCACCAAGUAAUGGUCUGGGAACUACUAAAAGUUCUGUUCUCCGUAAGGGAAAUUAGUGGACAAUUAAAGUCAGUGGAAGCUGACAAUGAGGAAGACAUGAUGCCAGAUAUGAGGGAAAGUGCUCCGGACGUUGACCAGGAAGCACUUCCGUUAAUUCGGAGAGCAGAGUUCAGUUAUUGGUUACAAGAGUGUGUUUGUCACCGGGUACAACAUGAAGUUAGCUCAUUGAAUGAAUCAAGUGAUUUAAAACACAUAUUCUUAUACCUAACAGGACGACAGCUGGAUGCAGCUGUGGAGCUGGCUGCUUCUAGAGGAGAUGUGAGACUGGCUUGUCUAUUGAGCCAGGCUGGUGGAUCCCCAGUGAAUCGUUCUGAUGUUGCUCGGCAGCUUGAUCUUUGGAGAAUCAAUGGGAUGGACUUCAAUUUUAUUGAGGAUGACAGGAUAAGAAUUUUGGAGUUGCUUGCUGGUAACAUUCGUGGUGCUUUGCAUGACAUAAAUGUCGACUGGAAAAGGUUCUUAGGAUUGUUGAUGUGGUAUCAGCUGCCACCUGACACUUCAUUGACGAUUAUUUUUCGCACUUAUCAGCAGCUUCUUGAUCAUGGAAGGGCUCCAUAUCCAGUUGCUGUUUACAUUGACGAAGGACCGGUAGAAGAGGCUGUAAAUUGGAAUGCAGAUGAACGCUUUGACCUUGCAUAUUAUCUUAUGCUUCUUCAUGCCAGUGAAGGAAACAAAUUUGGUGCUUUGAAGACCAUGUUCAGUACACUUUCCUCAACGCCUGAUGCACUUGACUACCAUAUGAUUUGGCAUCAGCGUGCAGUGUUGGAAGCAGUUGGUGCUUUCAGCUCUAAUGAUCUUCAUGUUCUUGACUUGGGGUAUAUUUCGCAGUUGCUUUGUCUAGGGCAAUGCCAUUGGGCCAUCUAUGUGGUGCUUCACAUGCCCCACCGUGACGAUUAUCCUUAUCUGCACACUAAUCUUAUCAGGGAAAUCUUGUUUCAAUACUGUGAAGUUUGGAGUGCUCAAGAACUGCAGCGUAAAUUUAUAGGAGACUUGGGCAUUCCUUCAGAAUGGCUGCAUGAGGCUCUGGCAGUAUAUUUUAAUUACCAUGGCAAUAUGUUGAAGGCUCUUGAACACUUUAUUGAAUGUGCAAAUUGGCAAAAAGCACAUUCAAUUUUCAUUAUUUCAGUUGCUCAUUCGUUGUUUUUGUCAGCCAAACACUCCGAGAUAUGGAGGCUUGCAACUUCCAUGGAAGACCACAAGUCAGAAAUUGAAGACUGGGAUUUGGGAGCUGGCAUUUAUAUUUCUUUUUAUCUAUUAAGAAGUUCCUUGCAGGAAGAUAACAAUACAAUGAGUGAGCUGGAUACCCUUGAAAACAAAAAUGAUGGUUGCAGAGACUUCAUUGGUCGUUUAAAUGAAUCCUUAGCAAUUUGGGGUGGCAGAUUACCAGUUGAUGCAAGAGUGGCAUAUUCAAAGAUGGCAGAGGAGAUUUGCCAUUUACUUGUAUCUGAUAACGGUGAGGGUUCAACACGUGAUAGUCAGUUAAGCUGCUUCGAGACCAUAUUUGGUGCACCAAUCACAGAAGAUCUGCGCGCAUACCAUUUGCAGGAUGCAGUAUCACUUUUUACAUGUUAUCUUUCAGAGGCAGCCUCAUAGUGUUUUGCUCUUUCUUUCUGAUUUUCUGAUUAAUUUAGCAGUUUAUAUGUGUUGUUAUAAAAACCGAGAAUCCUAAAUGAGUCCCGGUUGUAAACACUCAUGGCGGAGGUUUCUUGUAUCAAUUUUUCAAGUUAGUUUUUUUUUUUUU